AUGAGCUUCUUCCGCGGCAAUCAGCCCAACCAACCGCCCCCUCCUGGCUCGUACUCCCGCCUCCCUCCUGCUGAUCCCAUGAGAGGGGGACCGCAGAGAGCAUCCGCCCCACGCUAUGACCAAUCUGGAUAUGAACAAAGGUCCUACGAUCGUAAACCAGUCCCUCCGCGGGGAGGAGGGGGCGGAGAGUUCUCGGUCCAGAGCGCACCAAGCGACGUGCUUGCGUUUACGAACUGCUUGAUUGUCAACCCCUCCGACUUCCCCGACGGCCAGCAUGUACUAGUGAAGCAGCAAUACCCUAUUACUCUUCGCCACGACAACACCGGGAAGAUACCCUCGGGAGCCAUUGGAGCCUCUGCAGUAUUGCGCCAAUGGAUGCAGUUGUCGCUCACCGGGGACUCGGUUACCAUCGAGCACUUCUCCCAAUCUCCCGCCUACCUCGAAAGUCUGGACAUAGAAGUCGGGUUCUUGAAGCGCGGAAUGGAGAUCGCCGAGGCCUUCUCUGCAGAUGAUAUGGUCAAGAACUUCAUCCGCGCGUUCAGCGGCAUCAUCUUCGCUGCUCAAGAGGUCAUCCUCUUCGAGUUCCACGGGCAGACACUCAAAGCAACUAUCAAGGGUGCACGCGUCGUCGAACUGCCUGGUCAGCGCCCAGGUGGCGACAGCUAUGGUAUUGUGAUGGAGAAGACGGACGUGACGUUUAUGAAAGAUCCCUCUAGUCCUAUUAAGAUCAAGUCCAGCGCAAAGAAGGCACCACCGAAUGCCAUUCUCGCACCAAACUUCAAGUUCGAGGACAUGGGUAUUGGAGGCCUGGACUCUGAGUUUAGCUCCAUCUUUCGUCGUGCCUUCGCCUCUCGAGUCUUCCCGCCAGCACUAGUGGAGAAGCUCGGUAUCUCCCACGUGAAGGGCAUCCUUCUGUUUGGUCCCCCGGGAACAGGAAAGACGCUAAUGGCGCGACAAAUUGGCAAGAUGCUCAACGCUCGUGAGCCAAAGAUUGUCAACGGUCCCGAAAUCUUGAACAAGUAUGUCGGUGCUUCCGAAGAGAACAUCCGUAAACUGUUCGCGGAUGCCGAGAAGGAGUACAAAGAGAAGGCAGAUGAAAGUGGCUUGCAUAUUAUCAUCUUCGAUGAACUAGACGCCAUUUGCAAGCAGCGUGGCUCGACAGGAGGAGGUACCGGUGUUGGGGAUAGCGUCGUCAAUCAGCUUCUGUCAAAGAUGGAUGGUGUCGAUCAGCUCAACAACAUCCUCAUUAUCGGUAUGACGAACCGUCUGGACAUGAUCGAUGAAGCGCUGCUUCGUCCAGGUCGUCUUGAAGUCCACAUGGAGAUAUCUCUCCCUGAUGAGAAGGGCCGUGUGCAAAUUCUCACUAUCCACACCGCCAAGAUGCGCGCCAAUGGCAUCAUGGACAGUGAUGUCGACAUCAUAGAGCUUGCCGCACUGACGAAAAACUUUUCUGGAGCUGAAAUCAGCGGUCUUAUCAAAAGUGCAACUAGUUUCGCCUUCAGCAGACACGUCAAGGUCGGAACUCUCGCGGGUAUAUCGGAUGACGUGGAAAAUCUCCGCGUGAGCCGGGUCGAUUUCAUGAACGCCCUCGAAGAAGUUCAGCCCGCCUUCGGUGUCGCCAAGGAGGAGCUCGAGCAGGUUGUACAGAACGGCAUCAUUCACCAUGGUUCUGUUGUCGACGACAUUCUUCGCUCAGGCGAACUCUUUGUCGACCAGGUUCGCACUUCCUCACGUACGCCACUCGUCAGUGUGCUACUUCAUGGCCCUCCUGGAUCUGGCAAGACUGCACUCGCGGCGACCAUCGCGCAAGCGUCGCAGUACCCCUUCAUGAAGUUGAUCACGCCUGACAGCAUGGUCGGCUUCUCCGAGGCGCAAAAGGUCGCUUCCAUCACCAAGGUCUUCCAGGACAGCUACAAGAGUCCUCUCAGUGUUAUCGUCGUCGAUAAUAUCGAACGUCUGCUCGACUUUACUCCCAUCGGACCUCGCUUCUCCAACUCGGUAUUACAGACGUUGAUGGUGCUCCUAGCCCGUCGGCCACCCAAGGGUCGGCGACUCCUCCUCCUUGUCACCUCUUCCCUCCGGCCCGUCUUGACGGAUCUCGGCCUCAACGAGGUAUUCGACUCCGAACUCCGCGUCCCUCCCAUCGCGUCCCUACACGCGCUUGAAGUUGUCCUAAAAGAGGUCGAACUCUUCCCCUCGUCCGACGAGCGUCGUCGGGCAAUCAGCAUGCUCAUGCAGGCGGGCUUUGGGGGAUCCGAGGAGGAUGAGGGGCGCUUGAACGUCGGCAUUAAGAAACUGCUUAGCAUGGUGGAGAUGGCUCGGCAGGAACCAGAAGCCAUCGCAGAACGUCUCAUGAAUGCGCUUAUGGGGCUUGGGAUGUAA